CGGCGUGGCGUGGGGUUGCGUUGCGUUGCUAGCCCGCCACCCUUACCCCAAAAAAAUAAAAAAGCUAGCCUGCCACUACUCUCCGUCUCGUGAAAGAAAAUUACAUUUUUGCGAGUCAAUUUCUAUUACAGUAUUACCCCUGAUCGCGCCGGGGGCUCCAGUCGGAUUCACUCUCCAGCAAAAUUCCGGUGAGUUUCAAGUGGCUCGAGACCAAAAUAGGAUUUUAGUUAUAGCAAUCGAUCGUGGGGGCCCCUUCACCGGACACAGAAGCUCAUCUUCAUUGGUCAUCAAUUUAUAUAUUUUCAACUUGUUGGGGCAUUAAACCUGCUUCUUGUCAAUUGAAGAAGACAUGACCUAAGCAUAUUUGCCAGGAGUUGCUAGUUUUCAUAUAUAUUCCAGUAAAGCAGAAUCAAUCGUGGCAAGGAUAGAGAAACAAAGAGAUGAGUGCAGGUGGUGCAUUUGGUGGGAACAGGGGAUUGAGACCCAUACCUCCAGAAAAAGGCAUCUUCCCUUUGGAUCACAUGCAUGAAUGUGACUUGGAAAAGAAAGAAUACAUUGCUUGUCUCAAAUCCUCUGGCUAUCAAUCUGAAACAUGUAGACGCUUUUCAAAGAAGUACCUAGAAUGUCGUAUGGAAAGGAACUUAAUGGCAAAGCAAGAUAUGUCUGAGCUUGGAUUUGGUAGGGAGGGCGAAGAGGAAGCUUCUGAACGGAAGAAUGUAAAUACUGGUGCUAAAGGCAAUGCCUUGAGUGGUGUUCAAGAUAAGACUGCAACUACUUGAGGCUGAAGUAAAUUGUCCAUGGGACCUAAGUUUUGGAAUUCACCUUUGACUGAAAAGAAAAAAUAUUGAUAACGAUCACAAAAUGCUUAUAUGCAAAGAACUAGAAUUGAAAUGGCAUAGGUUCUUUUAUUUGCAGAUUAAUUGAGGAAAAUUAAUGAAAGCUCUAUUUUAUUGGGUGCUA